UCUAACACGACAAAGGCAUUUCAUUUCUCACAUGUGCAGCCAGAGGUGUAGACUACAACGAUUUUACCACAUUAAAAGCAAAGUCUGGUUUAACAGGUUGGACCAACAUGUCUGAAGACAGAUUCAUAAUUUCAGAUGGAUUUAAUUUCUCAGACUGGUGUUUAUCUUAAUGAAGAGCCUCCGAGGGCCAAUAAUGUGGGACCAAUAGCCGUAAUUUAGGAAUCAGAAUCCUUGAGUGAAGACCAAGAUGUGACUUCUGAAGUCUGUAAUAGGUCAAUCAGCUUGCGAAAACUGAGAAGUCCAAGGAUGUCUGCACUGUCGCUCAAAAUAAAUAAUUCAGUUUAAAGGCAUUUGUACUGUAUUACAAAUCCCAUAAAGCUGAGUUAUCUUCAAAUAAUGUAUGUUAUUAUGAUUAUCAUCAAGUGAAAUAUUUCUAUAGAAUUAAUUCAGUUAUGCUCUAUUCAUAAUAUGCACACUUAUAUGUAAACUAAAAGAUUACUCCAUUCAGUUUCAUGGAAAUUUUUCAUACAGUUGAAAUGCGCAAAUUCUGUUGAAUGUUAUGCAUUAUUGUUUUAUUUUAUUUUUUGCCUUUGUAAUGAAUAAAUCAAGAUUCAUCAUCACAGUGUAAUAUGUAAAUAUAGUAAGAACAUUUUUAUUGUGUAAAUAAAUAUAUAUUUUAAAAAAUAAAUUAUAAUUCUCAUAUUUCUAGUAAAAAAAAAUUUAUAUAUAUAUAUAUAUAUAUAUAAAACUCCCAAAAAGACAUUAAUUGUAAUUUUGCAAUAAGUAGGAAAUCAUGACCACUCACAUUAAAAUAAAGACUCCAGUCAUAUCAGUAAUCUUAUAAAAGCUGUUUUAUUCUACACGGAGAGGGUCCGCACAUUGGGGGCUGCCAUUUUAGAAUCACAUGACCAGCCGAAUCUCUCAGUAACCGUCCUGUUAUCUGACACUUUCACUCAUUGAUUGAAGUAAUCAUGGCUGACUGUGAAUACUACAUUUCUACAAAUGGCAUUUGAAACUGAAAACUAUUAAUUUUAAAUGAUGCCGCAUCCAAGCCGCUAGGUGUCACUGUAAGUCCAAGAUGACACAAAGACAAAAGUUACUGAGUGCACCUUUAAUAAACACAAAAAAGAAAACCAAGCACCAUAAAACAACAACAAUAACAGCUAAAUAAAAAUAAAAAUACUAUACAAGGCGUGUGACGUCACCAAAAAUACGGAGCGUGGCCGCGUAUGACGUCACCUAGUUACGGUGUUGUUAGCAACCAAGUGUGGCUACUGGCUAAGCACAUGUCAUAAGUUUCACUGUUGUUUACAUAUAUGCACAAGACAUGGACGAGCAUCCCGUGGACGCGGGGACUAAAACGGAGCCUGAAGUGUUUGCGAACACGUUUGAAAUAAAAACAAGCGAUGUGUACACGGUGGAUAAAAACGUACCGAGUCGCUUUAAUAAUCCAGAGUGCUUCAGAGGAUACAGCAAAAAGAUUAUCAACCCUCUGUACCAAACAACAAAUCAAACAUAUGGAAGCAAAAAGCCAACAGUUCAUGAAAUGCCGACAACCUUUAAUGGAAGUCGGCGGAAGUUUUCAGAGCUUCAUCUAAAAAGUGGGAUGUACAGAGAUAACGGCUUCAACACAGCGCUGGACAAGAGCCGAAUCACUGGACCAAACACAACGACCGUGUUGCACGAGAGAGCCAAUUUCCAUUACUUAUACCACACAAAUGGAGAAUCUCAAUAAAUUAUUUCCUUUAUUUUGCAUAAAAUGAAACAGUUAAGAUAAUUUGAGAUACCCUUUAGUUUACGUUAGAGCCGUUAACCAUGAUUUGUUACUUGGUUGCAGGUAGUAUAAAGCCCAAAGUAUACUUGGGUUUUGACUCGAACGCUUAGCCUCUCAAAGUAUAUUUCAUUUGACUGUGUGCGCAUACACAGGCUGUUGCUGCUAUGAGAUACUGGACUCUUUCUCUUCAGGAGUUUAGAUCCAUAAAGAUGUCUUUAUAUUCCUUCAGACUUGAGUUAUACAAAUGCAGAUAUCUCCUGACCUCCUCACACAUGCGCUCCUGAUGUGCACAUCCACUGUUGUUAUUUUUACCUUCGUCUCCUGUUGUUUACUUCCGAUUACAUCUUAUGGCACUUUUUUGUGAUGGCAAUGGCACAACUGUUAGUGCUUUUUGUGAUGGCAAUGGCACAACUGCCAUUUGUUUUUUGUGAUGGCAAUGGCACAACUGUUAGUGCUGCCACCUUGUGGACCCACUAAUUAGUGCAACUAAUUCCAGGCACAUGCGCAUACUGAGCGUUCAGAGUAUGCACGGUGUGAAAAAUUGGGCUGCACGCAUUCAGCGCUUGCCUUGAGCACUCUGCUUAUGGCGAAAUUUGCAUCACACAUCCUGUACGCAGACGACUAGCAUUCGCAUCUGACUGAGGUAUACUUUGGGCUUUAGAGGAAGGGGAUGUUCUUUUUUCAGAGAGCAUUUGAAUGGACAAAAAUCUGUGUUGUGCAGUUUGAGUCAUCAAUAUUUUUGAUCCGUUUUCCUGGAAGAGAAAGCCAGUCUAUUUUAAACAUGGCGUCAAAGCUUACAGGCAUGGACUAAAAACAAAAGUUACAAUUUUGAUUUCAUGGGGUCUUCAAUUUUAGGUAUUACCAUUGAGCUCAGAGAAAUACAUCUAUGUAGCUGAUACGAAACUGGUCGAAGCCACCAUCUUCAAACACACUUUGGAUGAAUAAAAAGCAGACAAACUAAA